AUUAAAUUUCAUCUAAUUUAAAUUGAAAAAAAUAAUAGAGACGAAUACAUACUCCCUCCCUUAUCAAUGGAUAUCCGUCAAGGAAAAGGGAUCAUCCUCUUCCUCAUCGAGGCUGCAAUUGGGACGCAAGAGACGCUUUGGGGGGGUUUCGCGUGACGCAAACGUAUUUCCCCAACCCCAAACACUCCCUCUUCUCUCUCUCUGGUAUAUCUUCAUCUUUACUUCCAUAAGAUUGCGCGAAAAUCGCGGUGUCAUUUUCCCGGAAUGCCCCGAAGAUGCGCUUCAAUUACCAUUCCAUUUCAAGACAUCUCUUUCGUCCCUAUCUUCUCUCCAAUUCCAGUUGUCUUUAAGGAAACAAAUUUCUGAUCUUUUUUUUUCUCUUUUGCGUCUCGCACCCGUCUGGGUUCAGAAAAUCUUGCCGGUUCUUGGGUUUCCGGUCGCCGGAAAGUCGACCCAGUUGACUGAAUCUAUUUUUUGUCUUGAAUUUUGAUUUUUUAAUAAUCGUUCGUUGAAAACAAUGGGUUUUGUUUUAAUUUUAUUUUUUUAAUUUUUUUUUUCGGGAUCAAAAUUAAUGCUCUGAAAGUUGUCAAAACAAUUCAGCAUCUCUCGUUGUCAUGUUUGUGUCUAUGGACGACGAAUAGAAUCCCGUUUUUCUCUCGCUCGCUUUCUCUUCCCUCACCGAUAAUUUCUAUCAAAAUUUCCUCUUUUUCCCACCCUCUGUUUAUCUCUGUUUGGUUUCCUCCGUUUUGCAGAGGUUGAAGAGAGGGAAAAUCAUCUCUCCUUUCUCUCUCUUUCAUUUUCUGCUUCUCCUUCUUCUUCUUUGACCCCUUCAGCAUUUAUUUUGAUCAAGAAUCAUGGCAGUUUAUAGGGACUCAAUGGAAUCAAAUCUCAAUAGCCUUCUGGAUUUCACCACCCCUGCAGUUUCUUCUCAGUUUUUGGCCAAGGGCGAGAUUCGGAACUUUAAUAAGCUAUGGCUUCCGUGGGACCGAGAAAGGGUCGAAUUCUUUACAUUGGCUGAUCUCUGGAGUUGCUAUGAUGAAUGGAGUGUGUAUGGUGCUGGUGUUCCUAUCAGAUUGGACAAUGGUGAAACUUUGGUUCAAUAUUUUGUGCCUUACCUCUCUGCAAUUCAGAUAUUCACCAGCACUUCUUCUGCUAAUUGUCUGAGGGACGAGAGUGAUUCGGCGUGCGAGACUCGCGAUUCAUUUAGUGAUUCGUUCAGCGAUGAAAGCGAGAGCGAAAAGCUCUCUAGAUGGGAUGGGUGCUCUUCUGAAGAGGGGUAUGAUAGUGUCUGGCAUUUGAAUGAUAGGUUGGGUUACCUCUAUUUCCAAUAUUUUGAGCAAUCCGGUCCCUAUGGACGAGUUCCUCUCAUGGAUAAGGUUACAUUUUAUGGCUGCUUUCUUUCCUUUAUACUAUGUAUAGUGUUUUUUAAUUCUGCAUUCUUUAUGAUUCCCCUUUCCAUUUGUGUUUGCUUAGUAAUUUAAAUACUGCAGGCUACAGAUAAAGAUCUCUUGUGGUAAUUUUGAUUACUUGGUCUGCUUUCUUCUAGCUUUUGACGCCCUAUUUGAAUCAUGCUUUUGCUGUCCUUUUUUUAUUAUUUCAAGAAUGCAUAGGCAUAUCUUGUUUCUUUUGCUGUCCUAUUUGCUGUUCUUUAAUGCUUCUAGGUAUAUCUUGUUUCUUUUGAUGGUCUGCAUUGUUUUUGUUUGAUAAGGCACUACACAAUACUCAAAUUUCAGGCAUAUACUCUUGUCCAUACCGGUUUCUUUCAUUUGUGUAUCAAUCUGACAAAUAGAAUACUUAACUUUCUUAAAAAAAUUUUGGGUUUUUCGGUUUCCAGAUUAGCAGCUUAGCACUACGGUACCCUGGAUUAAAGACAUUAAGAAGUGUAGAUCUUUCUCCUGCUAGUUGGAUGUCAGUUGCUUGGUACCCUAUUUAUCACAUUCCCAUGGGGAGAACCAUUAAGGACUUAUCCACGUGUUUUCUUACGUUCCACACGCUCUCCUCUUCAUUUCAAGAUAUGGACACAAACGACGAUGAUUUGGGGAAUGUUUUUGUUAAAAAGGCAAAGGAACGAGGAGCUAUCCCUCUCCCUCCGUUUGGUUUAGCCUCUUACAAGAUGCAAGGGGAUGUUUGGUUAUCCGACAAGAGUGGUAGGGAUCAAGAAAGGCUUCUAUUGCUCUAUAGUGCUGCAGAUUCAUGGCUCAAGCAGUUGGGAGUCCAACACCAUGAUUUUAACUACUUUGUGGGUAUGCGCCAUUGAGUAAAGUCCCAAUUGCCCUUGAUAUCUUUUGGAAGCGGGCAAGAAGAAAGAAGCGACUUUCGAUAAUUUUAAAAAAAAAUCUCUUUUACAUAACUGCCCUAGCUCAUACGAUUAGGUGCGCAUUGCGGAGUGCCAUAAGAUAAUAAUACUUUAAAGUUGAAAGUACUGUAAUAUUUUUUCAAAAUGUUUCUUUAUUUGAAAAAAUAUUACAGUAUAUUGUUUUCGACUGUCGAAGUAUUUUACCCCCUCGGUCUGAGGGGGGACUUUUUAGUACGUUUGGGUUGGUUUUGGUUUGGUUUUGAUUGCAUUUUUGUCGCGCCUUAUUGUGAGACCAUCCUCUACUCUCUUUUUUUUCUUUGUGGCAUGGUUCUGUUAAUGCUUUUACCCAACUAUUUAAGGGGUUGAGCUUUUGGCAAUGUGUGUAUAGGGAUGAAAAAAUGUAAUCUUUGAGUGAGAUGGAGAGAGGGGCAAUUUGGACAUGAGCUUUGAGAAUGUGACAUUGACUUUGUUGUAAUUGAGCCAUGUCAAGGUUUACUUGAG